GACACAGUCAGCCAGCCAAUGGGUACAUGGUAUGUACAAAGAAACGAACGAAUGAAUGAAUUGGCCAGCCACAGCCACAGUGUGAGACAACAAUGGUUCCACUGAGCAAGGAAAACAAUUUUAUGGAAUACAACAAGAACAACAACAAAAAACAUACACAAUAAACAAAUGAACCAUAACAAUAAAUUUUCAAGUCCUUUGAGAGAGAGACAAAGACAGAGAGGAGAUACAUUGCCAUCGACUAUGGAAAAAUGUAAACACAAUAAAUAAAAGAGGAGAAAAACACGUAAAUAGUGAUAUUAAAACGGAUGUGGUGCAAUACGGAAGACAAGAAACAAGAAAGAAAAAACCUAACCAAGAAUCCAAAAAAAUUUCUGAAUUCGAAUACCAAGCUCUUUGAUAAGAAAUAAGCAAUUGUGCAUUGAAUAUUUGGUUGCAGUUUUUGGUUAAAUAAGCCUUGGGAGAGCAAAGUUGUAUUGUUUUCAUUUUCUUUGUAUUUUUUCUUAAGCCAAGGAAACCAAAGACAUUGCUUGUCAUAAUCAUAAAAACGGAAACAAUUUUAUGACUCCUUCGAAAGGGGGGUGAAAUUUUAAAACAAAAAAAUAAAAAAAUAAAAAAAAUAUGAAGUGUUGAGGCCUCAUAAGUCCAAAGGAGCAAAAAGUGUUAAAAAACCAAAAAAAAAAAUCCAAAAUACCAGUUGGCAUUUUAAACAAAGCAGUUAUAAAACCCUUUGGCCCCGCCAUAAAUUGCCAUUAAUAAAAUUUUCCAUGAAUAACAAAAUGACGUGAUUGCCAGCCCGCUCUGGAGAGAAAAAGGAAAGAGAGGAAAACUCCUUCCAAUCCUUUUACUUAAUGAUAAACGGAAGCCAUAAAAAUUUGUGAAAUUUUUUAAAACAAUAAACCACAGCUCGGCAGUGGUGUCCUAAUUUCGCUCACCAAGUGAGCUCAAGCGGAACAAAUCGUUGAAAUAAAAAAAGAAGAAGAAAAACAAAAACAAUAAAAAUUAUGGUGCAAAUUACAAAUAUUUUCCAAUAAACACUAAAACAGUUAUAAAAAAAUAAAACUCUUCAAAUUUGAGUCCGUCCGUUUAUCUACAGCAUUCAGACAACUCCCACACAGGCACACGCACACACAGAGACCCAUCCAAGGAUUCAUCAAAGCCAUGAAACUCUUACAAUUAUUAACAACAGCAACAUCAUCAUCAACGCCACAGUUCCCACUGUGAAAUCAUAAAAACUCAACUGAACUCAAAACAAAUCGAGAAACAUUAAAAUAAAAAUUCACUCAAAAAAACAAAACAAAGCGAAAGCGGGGAAACCCCACCCACAAAACAAAAAAAAAAUUAUAACGACUUCAUAACAAACCAAAGGAAUAACAAACGAAACGCAAAAUAAUACAUAAAAAAAUAUAACCAUAAAAAUAUAUAUAUUUUUUGCCAUUUCCUAAAAGUGUUUCACACAGACAACAAAAAUACAACAGAAAAAAAAAAAAAUACGGCAACAAACUAAAAGCAAAACUAAGACAACAAACAGUUUUUAUGGCAAACUUUUUACAAAGCAACUACGACGAAACGGCGUCAGGUUAAUAGGGGCAGCAGCAAUAACAAAAACAGCAACAACAACAUCAAGUCAACAGCAUAGAUAGAUUCUAAAGCAAUUCGUUAAAAGCAUAUCCCAUAAACGCCAUUACAAACCAAAAAAAGGACAUAACUCAGAGACAAAGCCCUAGACAAAAGGGAGGUGUGAGUUGGAAGCAAAGGACGAAAGGGCAAAUUGUGAAAAGGGAAUCCUUCCCCAUUACAAAAUAUCAUCACGUUUACAUCUAUGCUAGCCAGCUUCGAUACUAUUUUUCUACUGUCCCACAUACAUCAGCAUAGCAUAGUUGAAAACAAACACACACACACACACACAAAACAGACACAGAAACACCGCUAAUAACUUUUAAUCGAAAGUGAAAUGUGUCAUCAAACUCCAGCCACUGUCGCUCUAAGUGUAUGUGUAUGAGUGCAUCUGUGUCACAUCAAUGCUACUAUCAAUUUGCAAAAAUCUCAUCAUUCUCAACAUCUUCGUCGUCGUAGAAAUUUAAUAAGAUUUGCGCAAACAUUCAUCAAAAUGCAUUUGCAACAAAUGCAUUUGUGUCAGUACAUUGUGACAGCUGUAUUUUAUUUAAAUAUGGCCACAAGUCAAGCCGAUGUCAUCAGAAAAUUUGUUAUAGCCUCAGCGCCACAAGAGUAUCCAAGUAAUAGUGGUGGCGGCGGUAGUGGUGGUGGUGGUGAAAGCGGAAAUGGCUAUGGCAGCACCAGUGAAAGCAGUAGUAGCAACAAUUUUAUUAUCAGCAGCAGCAGUGGUGGUAGUGGUGGCGUUGGUAAUGGUGGUAGCAUAAGCAUUAAUAGUAAUAGUAAAUUAGCAUCUUCUUCUUCUUCUUCGUUGUCGUCCUCUUUGUCGUUGUCUUCAUCGUCGUCACCCUCAGCGUCCUCGUUAACGUCGUCACUCUCGUCAUUGUCGUCGUCAUCAUUAUUGUCCCCAGCCUCGGUUGCGGCAUUCACACCAUCCGCCGCCUCAUCGGCGUUGGCAUCUUUGGUACAGGCGGAGGCGCCGUCAUUAGAAACAUUUGUGUCAGCAGCAUCGACAUCAGCAUUUGUGGAACCAUAUUUGGAUGGUUAUGCCACGACAAAUGUAACGGCACAAAUUGGUACACACGCAUAUCUGCCAUGUCGGGUGAAACAACUCGGAAAUAAAUCAGUUUCCUGGAUACGUGUUCGAGAUGGCCACAUACUUACUGUUGACAGGGCUGUCUUCAUUGCUGACCAACGAUUUUUGGCUUUAAAACAACCCGACAAAUUUUGGACAUUGCAAAUAAAAUAUGUACAGGCCCGUGAUGCUGGUGCCUAUGAAUGUCAAGUGUCAACAGAGCCAAAAGUUAGUGCUCGGGUGCAUUUACAAGUAGUUGUUCCUCGUACCGAAAUUCUGGGUGAUCCCGAUCGUUAUGUCAAAGCUGGAAGCACUGUAAUUUUGCGAUGCAUUGUUCGUGGCGCAUUGGAGCCACCCACAUUUAUAAUGUGGUAUCAUGGCUCGGAACAAAUAUCCGCUGAAUCGAGACGACAUAAAACACAAGUUGAUCGACAUUUGCCAGAAGUGGAGGGAGAUGCUCACAGUACGAUCGGUACAUUAAUCAUUGAUUCGGUGAAAAAACGUGAUACUGGCAAUUACACAUGUAAUCCUUCAAAUAGCCCCAGUGUGACUGUGACGUUAAAUGUUAUAAAUGGUGAAUCCUCGGCAUCGGCGGUCACUUCAUCAGCUCCAGUUACCACAAAAACCUACUCAGCAUGUAGUCUGGUAUUGAUAUUCAGUGUUAUUAUGAUUGGUGGUCAUCGGACAUGACAUGCUUAGAUAAGGAUACUCACAUCAGCAACAGCAACAACAACAACACCACAAAAUCCAUAAACUACACAAAUGAAACAUCAGAAAACAUAAAAAAAAUAAAUUUAUUAAAUAAUUGCUGCAAAAUCAGAAACAAAACCAAUCCAAACAAAAACAACAACAGAACAAAAUUUAUUGAAAUAAAUUAAAAAAAGAAAAACAAAACUGAAAAAUUAAGUAAAUAAACAAAAUAAAUAUCUGCCAACACAACCGAUGAUUAAAAUAAAUCAAACACUUUAAUUAGUACGAAAGUAUAAUAAUAAUAAUAACGAUAAUACUGAUAAACAUUAAUUUAAUAAAAACCAAAUGAGAAAAAAAAACUCGAAAACCAAAAUAAAUAUAAUCUAAAUAAUUUUUAAGUUAACUACAUAAAUAAUAAUGUUUUAAAUAAUAUUGAAAAAAAUAAAAAACAAAUGAUGAAAAUGAGAAAAAAAUGAAAAAUCCAACAACAAUAAAUGACAUGAAACUAUUGAUAUAAAUAUAUAUAUGAUAUACAUAAAUAAAAUAAAUUAAUUAAUUAAAAUAAAAAAGAAAAACAUUUUUAAGCAAACCAUAUUUUUUAUUUUCUUUGUUAAUUAUUUGUUUUCUUUAAUUAUCGUUAGCAAUUUGUUUCAUAAUUGUUUUCCUUUAGUGGUUAUUUAUUUCAAAAUGCGAUAAUUUUAUAUGGGUAUCGAUAUUUUG